UAUUAUUAUUAUUAUUUUUUAUAUAUUAUGCUUCCUUUAUUCAAUAAUUGCCCUGCUACUUGCGAGUUGUGUGGUCAAUGGAUGCCAGGACACAGUAGCGAUUGUCCUAGAAGCGGUGUACAUCCUUCUCAGUGGUCAUCUUUAAAUUUAAAGAAAAAUUUGAACGACAACGAAGGCGACACUAUUUACGAUAAUUAUGCAUUAUUAACAUUCUCUUGUUGGUCAUCACAUUAUGUACGAGAAUUCUUAUCUGAUAUAGAACAAUAGUGUCGAAACAUUUAUGACAUUUAUUAUAAUUAUUAUUAUUAUUA